GAACAUGGCCCUGUGCCCUCAAAUGUAGGGGAAACUGGACUGGUAGGGAGUAAACAAGGACACACAUGAUGCAAAUUUCAAACUGGCUUUGCAAAUGUUGUAUCAGGAAGGAAACUGGCAAAACAUUUGUGCAAGAUUCCGAAGUGACAGGAUGUGCAUGUAGAUAUAAAACACCAGGGGAGACGUAAACAGGACGUUUCUUUGUUUACACGGAAACUCCACGUCUGAACUGAGCGCAUGGGUUUGUUUUUUCCGAGCGGUGCGUGAAUGCAGCAGCCGCUACAGUUGCAGGAGAUGCUUGCAGCAGCAGCAGCGACUCGCUACAACAUAAGAGAGAACAAUGUGUAGGAAGAGGACAGAUGAACCUCUGCAGACAGAGUGACUGAUCAUGGCCCGGCGAGACGGCCCUCGCAUCUGUGCGGGGGAGGGUGGCCUAGAAGCGGCGAGCGUGCCCCGCCGGCGAGAACCGUCCGGAGAGACCGAGGACGCGGAAAAGUCUCUGCGGGAGCUGCCGAGGUGGAUGCGGCUUUACUUCUACGGGAUGCACGGCGUGACUCUGGAUGUCCUGCUCUCGUCGUUGCAGGGUUUUUUUAAUUACCGGGACCCCAAACUGGUGGGCUUCUCCUCUCCGUACCUUUGCGUCAUGCACUCACUGACCCACUUUGCGCUGGAGAAGAUGUACUCGCGGAAGAGGUGCUUCAGAGGUCGGCCUGUGGUGUUUCAUCUGGUUUUCUACCCCUCGAUCUACAUCGGACUGCAGAUCCUGAUCGGGAACAUGAACACUUUGACUGAGCAGGUGAGGCUGGUUUCUGGGACUCAGCUGGCCGUGCACUACAUCCUGGCUCUCUAUUUCUGUCAGGUGUUUCACAGGGGGCUGUCGUGUCUGCAGUAUCACCCCUCCUGCUCCUCCGCCGACCUCCGGGGAAAAGUCAGCCGCGAGGACAGCUGUCACGCGCGCAGACCUUCACACGGUCUCCCCGGCUUUGCGCGCUUCUUGUUCUUCGGGAUGCACGGCUUUCUGGACGAGGUGCUCUUCACCUCCAUCUUCAACCUGGUGGAGAAGUCUGAUCGGACCCUCAGCGGCCACACGUCCCUGUGGUCUUUCCUGAUGUACGGAAGCUGCAGCUUCGUGGUGGAGAAGCUCUACCUCCAUCUGCACUUCAGCAGGGGCUGGGGGGUGUGGAGGCGGCUCCCCAUCUACAUCUGCUUCAUUUACGCCUGGGAGUUCUCCUGGGGUCUGGCCCUGAGGCAGUACAACGCCUGCUCCUGGGACUAUUCCCACUAUCCCCACAACUUCAUGGGGCUCAUCACGCUCCUCUACCUGCCCGGGUGGGUCUGCUUGAGUCUCUACCAGGACGUGCUGUCCAACGUCCUGCUGAGAAUCAAGUGCACCAAAGAUGUCGGCCUAAAAGAUGUGGUAAAUGGUGAAGCCAAUGGGCAGCUGGAGGCCAAGAACAAACUAUUUUAAUUCGUCUUUUUGAGGUUUUAAAAACCUCUCGGGCAAACUCUGUCUAAUGCUUAACUGAAGACGGAAAACGGGGCAAAUAUUUAUUAAUAAACUGAUUUAAUGAGAUGCCUUUGUCCAAUAUCAAACAGUAAUUUCCUUCAGGCAGGAGAAGACGUUGGACACAACAUUUUUUGCAGACAUUUUCCAGUUUUCUCCGAAACGUGACAUCAUACGGCCCAUUAAUGAAUCUAAAACACAAGUUAGGACCCUGAUGUUUACCGAUUUAGAUCCAGUCAAACUACUGCCAUUUUUAUACAUGUAAAAUACAGUUUUUCCACUUUUUCACGUCUUUCGUGACUUUGGAAGUGUGAAUAUUCACUUUUUACCCCAUCGCAGUGGUAGACUUGCCGUUUCAAACCACGCAAGCAUAAUGGCAGGUCAAAUCCGGCUUGGACUGAUUAACUUGCUUACAUCGGCAUGCUUUAACCGUAGUUCACAUCUGCAUGCUAAAACUGUAGCAGGUUUAUGUUGCACCUUUAGGUUUUCGUUUGCUAAUCCACGUGUAUUGCCACCCAAUUCUCCAAGGUCAGUAUUCCCAAGAUUGCUGUUUAUCUAUUUAAUUUUAUUUGUUAAAUUUAGACACAAACUUGUGAAUAUGACCCGGGGUGAUGCAUGGAAACUAUUGAAGUAGAGAUCAGUCCAGUAGGAUAUGUAGCAAAGGGAAAAAAGAGCUGUAGCCGAAUGCGUACGACGAGCCAAGCGAGAUUUAACUGUGAAUUUUUCAUGAACCAAACGUUACUUAGCUGGAGUGCCUUCCUGUGCAAACCGAUUCCAUCAGACGCACAUAAACAAGACUAAGAGUCCACAAGGCUCAAGUUUUUAUCUGCAAACACUACAGUUGUGGAUCAGAGUCACUCUACGCUAUGGACUUGAAUCUGGGGAGGGUUCAAGAAGCCUAGUAUCCAUGCAUGGUGGAAAAGUAAGAAAAAGAGUCAGAUUGUGUUAACAUGCACUGCAGUAUCCCGGUUAUGAGCCCAUAUUUGUGUAUGUGGAACAAAGAAAAAUCUGGUUAGUCAUACCACUAUAUACAGUGUCCUGAUUGCUGAUUACUGUGUGCUGUUUGUUCUGGCACCUGCUAUGCCUACAGCACAAACCUGUUCUAUAGGAAUGAAUGAAAACUUCUGAGGAUGUAUGUGCUACCCUGAGCUGAGCUAAGCAGCUUGACUGGACUCCGUGUGCAGGCUCAAAAUCACUUGUUUCAACAACAACAACACCUUCUCUAGUGCCUUUGAGUCUCAGUUUCUUUAUCACUGCGACCCAAAAGUGGCAUCCAUUGUCUGUUUUUAUGCUACGUCAUUUGGCCGCCCUCGCAAGUUGCUAGCAGUGGUCAGAAACUGGGUACAGAGUAAAAUGUGCUACAAUAUUCUGUAGUACUCAACCUAACUUUUUUUUUUUUUUUUUUUUUUAAAAAAGGCCAUAACCGGGAUGUUUGAGUCCAUGUAAACUCACCUAUGUAAAAUUGUAGCACCAGAUUAAAGCCGCAGUGUGGAACUCUCAUCUGUGUGGCACAAAGCAAAAAAAAAAAAAACUUUUGCCACAUUUCUACUAGCGCCACAGUUCUGAGAUAUCCAUUCAUCCAUUCAUUUUCUGUAACUGCUUGUCCUCUGGAGGGUCACAGAGUGGUGGCUGGAGCUUAUCCCAUCUAAAAUCAGAGGGUACACCCUAGACAGGUCACCACUUUAUUGCAGGGGUUAACACAGAGAGACAGACAAAACAAUUCAUACCCAAAACCGUUCUCGGUAGGUCCCUAGGUUUUUCUGCCACAGCUCCCACUAUACCCAACAACUUAUACUAGUUGCUGUAGGUUACUCCAUUGCUAUGGUUGCUCUUUAGCUCUUCAUUGCUUGGCUGACGUCAAACACAUCUCUACCACUGGGGCACAUCCGUCUGUAGGCAUGUGGGAAUGUUUCCACAGACACCAGAGUUUAAACCUCUGGUGUACUGCGUAUUGGUUUGCGCUUAAUCGGAACUGGAGGAACUUGUUUGUCAAAGGUACAAUGUAACAUUAAUUCAUAUGAAAAAGUCCCACAUUAUAGCUUUAAAAUAUUAUUUAUUAGGGGAAAAAAAGCUUAUUUCAAAACCUUGUCAAAGUCCAUCUUGACUGAUACAUCUUACCAGUGUGCCCGUUACUGUGGUUGAAGCGGUUAAGACUUUUUGUGCAAAUAGGCAGCUAUACUGACGUUCUUAAAAAAUUUACACCAGAAGAUUUCCCAUGGCCGGAUAACUGUAUUUCAAUCAUAUGUUGUUGUGUUGUGCACUAUUUUUAUCUUUUGAGUGACCAAACAUUAAAAAAAAUGAAAAAAAAAAAGGUAUGACAGGUUGGAAUAAAAUGCAAAUGAAAGUAAAAACAACAAUGGUUGGCUUGCAAUGGCAUGUACUGUACAAUUUUAAUUAAAAUCUAACAUUUUCCUGUUA